CAACCUGACUUGUCAAGUUGAUUAUGGUGACCAACAGGCUGCGUAAACAACUAAGUACAAUGUCUAAUUUUUGGAAAACUUUGAAAACUAACCCAAUAGUCAGAGUGAAAUGUCAGUUUGGUAAGAUUAAGCUAUAGGAGAUAUACCUAUAGGAUUGUUACGUGUUGUAAAGGCUUUGCCAACAUUUGAAUUAAGGUACACGGGAUUUCUCCAUCAGACCCACUGCCGAAAACCGUUUGCGAAGCAUGUAUGAAGAAAGUAAUGCAGCACCAUGGAAUGAUUAAAAAAAUAGCUGAAACUCAGAAAAAAUUUAAAAAAAUGCGCGAGGAAGAAUUUUUACGGCAGCAGCUAAUUCGCCGGAACGAUUUGAACGCCUUACAGAGCAGUAAUCCUAAUCGACCUGCAGAAACUAUCGCUGGAAGUAGUGGUUCUAGCACUGGCAAUACAUACAAUACUCGUAGUAGCACGUCGUCAUCUCAAUCUUCCUCAUCAGCCACAAUCACAGGAACUGCAACAAAUCAAGUAGUCUCGGAAGUCGCCAACAGUUCACGAUUAGCUGCUGUAGCUAGUCCAAAUUUGAAUCGCAGAAUAACUCGGUACGCUCUACGUAUCCACCGACAACUAAAUAACGAUGUCAACAGUUACAUGGAAAAUAUGGCAAGCAGCUCGUCGUCAUCUUCAGAAGAUGAUACUGACAGUGACAGUGGAGACGGAAAUUAAACCUGAUUCCAAUACUUUUUUUCAAAUCCUUAAUUUAAUAUGCGUGAUAG